UAAAAAAUAAUAACAAUUAUUAAAAUAAAAAAAUGAGGAAAACGGUGUCCAUUGUUGGAAUUCUCCUGCUUGUUGCCGUCCUUCACUACACAUACACCUGUGAUCCGGAGUUCUGCAAAGACCCUGGAACGUGUCGGAUGGAGAAUGAUGGCAACUGCACUUGUUUAGGAGGAUUCAUGGGUGACAAGUGUCAGGACCUCAUAAUGAAAGUUAUUUGUGACACAAGCUUCAUGAAGGUGAUGGUGAUUAAAGAGUUUUUUCAGCACCACAAUGUUUCCCUGAACUCAUUGAGUCUAAACAACCCUUCAUGCCUCCUUUAUGAGGAAAAACAAUGGCAUGUACAUUACUAUGCUGCAAUCCUCACAGGCACUAACUAUACAUCAUGUGGUGGUACAGAUCCAGAGAAUAAUGGGACUCAUGUUACCUUUUCAAAUAAAGUGAUUUCCAGGUACGACCAAAUUGGUGAAAAAAUUAUAAGGGAUUACCACUUAGAAGUGAUCUUCAAAUGUGUUUACCAGCUUCAGCAGCUGGUUAGCCUUAAAUUUCCCAUCCAUCCUUCUGUCAGAGAAGCAGUUCUGCGAGUACAUCAUCAAGAAGUAUUAAUUGUAAUGGAAGCCUUUAAGGACCACAAAUAUAAAGAAAUGUACUCAAAAUCUUUUUCUUUGAAGCUUCGGGAGAGAGUUAAUAUACAAGUUCGAAUGGUGAAUGUAGAUGCUUUCUUAAUGCUCACUGUGCUUGAGUGUUGGGCAACGCAAACCAUGAACUACAAAGGCCUCAAUCACACGCUUAUUCUUCAUGGGUGCCCAGAAGACUCCACAACAAAAUUUGACAGUAAGAAUGGAGCUCAUAUUUAUUUUCGAUUUAGCUUUGCAAUGUUCCGGUUUGUUCCACAUCCCCAUGAGCUUUAUUUGCAUUGUAAGGUGCAACUGUGUCUGAAGGAUGACACCAUUGAUUGCAUACCGAACUGCGAUAGAAGCAAACGGCAGUCAAGGGAGAUCAAGGCUGAAGCUGAAGGGAUGCUCUCUUAUGGUCCAAUUAGAAUUGAAGCUUCUGAAGAAAGAUCAAGUUUACUAUUAUCGGCUGCCCUUCCAGUCAUUGCCUCUGUCCUGGUGGCCGGUUUCCUACUUGUACUGAUCGCCAUUGCAAAAGCCGCCAUCAAAAGGGAGUCCCAGCUGGUUGCAAAUGCAAAAUAUUUCAGAAGUGGGUCCUGAAGUAAAAUAAAAUAAA